CAGGAAAUCCUACGUCAUCGUUACAAAUGGCGGACGUUGUAAACAAGGCAGAGGGAUACAAGUUUUAGUUAGCUAGCUAGCUAGAUGUUUACCACAAAAUGAAUAGCAUAGACUGCGAGCGUUUGGACAGCUUGGACGGCUGGGUCGCCAUCAAAACGAACAUAUUCGAAGAAAACGAGACGUUCAAGCUCGGUUUUAUCGUGCAGUGGAAUGUUAUCGAGUCCAAGUUUGCGGUCACCUGUCACAACAGAACUCUCCAGCGACAGAAGCGCAAAGACCAGCUUGCUAUCUGCGAAACCGAAACCAGCUGGGCCGGACUCUUCUCUGUUAACGAUUUAAAAAAUGUCCACCGUCAGUUUACAGGGGUCGGGGAUGUCGUCGCACCUUAUUUCCCCGACCUGUCGGACUUCAAGGAGGGUAACAUUUGGGACAUGAUCUUUCUCAGCAGCAAUCGGACGUUCAACCAAGAUGAUCAAGAGAGAGAUCUGGAUACACCUUGCCGUCAGCUGGAGAAAUACUUCAGCACUGCGAUAGAUGUCUGUGGCAGGAAGAUAGUGCUGGACUCGCUUUUCCCGCAGGACGAGCGAGAUGUCGAGGAGUACUUUGAGAACAUGCAGGAGUUCAAGAGGAAAACGAUGCAGGAUGAAGUCACCAGGGCUAAGGAUCACCUUAGAAAGAUCCUCCAGAGUCACGGAGGUGCAGACAGAAUGAUCCUACUGCUACAGAUCUACCACGAGGAGGACCUAGCCUACCAGGACCUGGUCACCGUAGCAACCACCUUCUACCAGUACCUGCUGCAACCCUUCAGAGACAUGAGAGAACUGGCAGGACUCUACAAGAUGGAGAUACUGAAGUCUCUGGAUGAGGAGGAGCUGGGUCCUAAGAGGAUAGCAGCACUGGAGAGAGAGGCGGAGGAGUGGAGGAGGAGAGGAGAGGAUGCAGUCUCCUCCAUACAGGACAUCACAGUCAGCUACUUCAUAGAAACUUCUAAAGCCCUUGGAGGUAUGCUGCGUGUGAUGGAGGAGGAUAAGCGUGGUUUUGGCCAGGCCUCCUGGGCCUCAGCAGCUCCUAGACUGGAGAAGCUGCGUUUCCUGCUGGCUAAAGAGACCCUGCAACACAUGAGAGCUACUGAGAUGUGUCUACACCGCAAGAAACACACCAUCAGAGAGAAGAUGGGAGGUCUGUCUGGCCGGGACCAGAGGGGACCAGAGACAGUAGAUAACCUAGAGCUUCAGUACUAUGAAGCUCAGCUAGAACUCUACGAUGCCAAGUUUGAGAUCCUCAAGAACGAAGAGCUUCUAUUGGUCGCUCAGAUCGACACCCUGCGACGCCAGAUCAAAGAGCUGAAGGAGGAGGUGGUGUAUUAUGAUGUGUGUGAGGAUCCAGAGGAGUUCCACAGCCUAUCACAGACAGCUGCACCUUUAGACCCCGUCCACUCACCUGUCAAUCACCUGGGGCGACGCCUACAGCAGCUGGAAGCCAAGAGAGGGAACAUCAGUGCCCGACGCGCAUACCUCCGCAACAAGAAGGAUCAGUGUGUGGAGGCUAACGAGCAGAAGCACCGUGCGGCCCAGCACAGCUCCACUCACUUUACCCAGCACCACGGAGUAGCCCUGAAGAGAGAGAAGAGGAGAGAGGAGGAAGAGAGGAGGAAGGUGUGGAUGGACCAGGAGAGAGAGAGAACCCUGAGCAGACUACGCUCCUUCAGAGAGAAACGACAGGGAAGUUACGUCCUGAAGACUCCACGAUCCAAGAUGGCUGCCAGGGAGCCGCAGUGUUCCGACCUCUCCCAGCCUCUGUCAAUCAUUAGCGUCGGCCCCUCCCCUUCAUCUAAUGGCGCCGCCCCCAGAAAGACCCCCAGGAAACUCAAACCUAAAGACAUCCCCAUCCAAAUCUUCACUCCUCCUCUCCCUUCUCCUUCGCCUCUGUCAACUACACCUCCCACUACAGCUGUACCCCCACCUCAGACCUCCUCUCCUCCUCCCCCUCCUCCUCCUCCUCCCCUACCCCCACCUCCUCCCCCUCCACCCCUCCCUGCCCUCACCCCCUCCUCCUGUAAGACAGAGGUAGGGGACUCCCCCAUGCCUCUCAGUGAGAGAGAGGCCGCUCCCUUCCCUGCCAAAACGACCCUGAAACAGAACCUAGGUUCUAUGGACGAGGUGUUGGCAUCAUUACAGCGUGGUCAGGUCAGGCUGCGUCGUGUCCAGCCCCCUCCUGGUCCCGGCCUGGCGCCCUCCGGUGGUGACCUCAGGGAUAACAUAAUGUCUGCCAUCAGACUCGGGGUCAAACUACGCAAGGUGGUCCCAGCGGUGCCCCUGCCCCAGGACAGUAGGGACACAGAUCUACAGAAGAGCAUCAAGGCAGCCAUGCAGAGGAUGAAGAAGGUCUCCUCCGACUCGGAUGAUGAA